AUGUCAAAACCGAAGAUAGCGAUAGUAGGCGCCGGUAUCACAGGGUUAGCCUGCGCCUACGUUCUAGCUUCAAGAUACAAUGUUACAAUCAUCGCCCGUGACCUUCCUGGAGAUCUGGGGUUGGCGUGGGCUAGUCCUUGGGCAGGCGCAGUCUUCCACCCUCAAAACACCACCAACCCUCUCCUCCGCAAAAUGCAAGAGGAUUCCUUCCGCUUCUAUUGGGACCUCGCGAAACGUGAAGAUGAUUGUGGAGUGGGGGUGUAUCAUAUGACUGAGUUUUUUGAGAAUGAAGAGGAGGUGUGGUAUAAAGACUUGAUGUCGGGGUGGUGUGAGGGCAAGAGGGGAGUUGAGGGGUUGAAGGUGAGGGAGUAUGAGACUGUGUGUAUGAAUCCUGAGAUUUUGUUGCUUUGGUUAAGAAAGCGGUUGGAGGGGACGGGCGUGAGAUUCGUGAGGAGGGAGGUGGAGAGUUUGGAGCAUGCGAAGAGUAUAGUAGGCGCGCAGGUCGUGGUUAAUGCGAGUGGUGUUGGUGCAAGGGAACUCGCGCAUGAUGAAGCCGUGCGGCCGGUAAGAGGGCAGACGAUGUUCGUGAAAACCGAUUUCGCGGAGUGUGUUAUGCUUGAGGGGAGUGAAUACACGUAUGUGAUUCCUAGGAAGGGGAGUGGAGGUGUGAUUAUGGGGGGUGUGAAGAGUGAGAGACUUGAUGCGGACAUUGAUGUGGAUUUGAGAAGUGAUAUACUUAGGAGAGUCAAUCGGCUUACGGGUGAUGCGUUCGGGGGUUUGGAUGUUGAAAAGGGACUGAGGGAGGGGAAGGUGAGGGAUGUGCUUGGGUUUAGGCCCGGGAGAAAGGGAGGUGUGAGGGUUGAGAGGGUUGGCGGGACGGUUCAUGCGUAUGGGGUUGAGGGGGCGGGGUAUAUUUAUUCUUUUGGUGUUGCGGUGAGGGUUGGUGAGUUGGUAGAAGAGGUUUUGAAGUUAGGGAGAAAGGCGAAGUUGUGA